CCGCAAUCUUCACUUCCGGUUGCUUAAAAAAUUAAAAUCUAAAAAAGCAAGCGAAAAUGUGUUUUUAACUCAAAUUACUUGAUAAUCUGGCCUUCGAGUAAGUGUUUCUAACCGUUUAGGUGAUGGCAGAUGCAUACAGCUUCGUGAAAGGGGGAAAAUUAAAGCUUAAAGGAGAAAAGACCAAGAAGAAACAUAAGAAACACAAGAAGCGUAAACACGAAGAGACAGAGGGGGGAGAUGGGGAUGCCACAGAUACAUUACAACAUGGUGGCUGGUGGCGAGUGAGCAAGCAUAAGGAAAUCACAGGAUCCAUUGCGAUAGAACUGGGAGAAAAUUGUUAUAUUCAAGCACAAGACAAUGGUUUGUUCUCCACUGGCCCUCAUAGAGAAAUAGGUGAAGGACCUGAUCCCACUGAAGAAAUCACAGCAGUGUAUAUAUCAGACACAAAGAUUGCACUGAAAUCAGGCUAUGGAAAGUAUGUCAGCGUAGACAGUGAUGGUAAAGUUGUAGGCAGAUCUGACGCCAUUGGUAGCAGAGAACAAUGGGAACCAGUAUUCCAAGAGGGUAAAACUGCUCUUCUGGGUUGCAACAGUUGCUUCCUGUCAAAGGAGGAAAGUACAGGGGACAUUGUGUGUAGGAGCAAGACUGCUGGGACUGAAGAGAUGCUUGCAAUUCGGUCUAAUGCAGUUAAGGAGUAUGUCAGUGAAAUACCCAAAGAGGAAAAGGGCAAAAUAAAAGACACAGAAAUAAAUUAUGUGAAAAAAUUCCAAAGCUUUGAAGAUCGGAGGUUACUUAUUAGUAAGGAAGAUGUUUCUGCAUUGAAAAAGGCUAAGAAAUCAGGGGACUUUCACGAAGUAAUGUUGGACAGGAGAGAGAAAAUGAAGGCUGAUCGAUACUGUAAAUAGAAUGUACAGUAAAACUUGUGAAAGUAGAACACCUUUGUAAAUGGAACACUUCAGAGACCCACGAUCCAUUGUCUUAAUGUUAAAUGAGCCUCUGUAAGUGAAACACCUACAGAGUGGAACAUUUACACAGGAUUCACAGUACCGAAAGACAGUUUGAUAUUUAUUUAAUCCAAUAUAGAACAAAAUGGAUACGACAUGCACAUUGUACACAAUGCAUACCUGAUGAAAAGACUUGGAUCCAUUUUAUACAUUGGACUGCAGAAAAAUGUCUUCAUUUCAGAUAUAAAUCACAAAAACGGGUUGUCAUUCUCAACGAUUAAGACAUAUUUAAGAAGGUUAUACUCAAAGAAUUAAAGGCAUUAGCUGCUCAUGAGAAUAUAAUAUGCUAGAUAGUACUAAAGCAGAUUUUUGUUUGACGAGUUUCUAAUUACCUACAGAUGAUAAAUAACGGACAAUAUUUAUGUGGUCAUAGUCCUGUAACAUUAAUAAUUUUAUUCAUUCCAAUAAAUUGUUAUUGAAUUCCAAACUAUUAGUUAAUUGAUAAAACUGGAUAGGAAGAUUUUAGUAUUUUCUGAAUGUGAGCUCUAUACGUAGAUACUAGAUUAAAAACUAGAUAAAAACAUGAAACUUAUUGUGAAAUUAUGAGUUCAACGGCUGAACGUACUAGGAUUGUAUUAAAAUAAAGUAACAACAGCGGCUUAAAAUCCAUGAG